AUGGGAAGUCAAUGCGGGGGUGUUAAUUGCUGCCUCCGGCCCUCAGUCACCUUGUGUGGUCUGUAUACAUGAUAAUUAUUACAGGUGUCAUUUUAAACUUUAUCUGUACCCUUUUUAAGAACACCGCUACCUCGAAAAAUGUCAUUAAAAAAAAAAAAAAAAAUACACCUUGCCAAAUUUAAUUGGAGAUAUACAUGUAUUCGACUGUUAUCGGUUCAUUGUCUCUUGUUUUACUGGUAGUGAUAUGACUGUGUUUACCAUUUAAUCGUUCUUUCCGUUUUUGUUUCCCUUGUUAUGUGGAGGGUGAUGUGUGGAGGGUGAUGAAGCAUUAUAUAUUGAAUAUCGUGACAAAAGUGAAAGAAAUGUAUCUAAUUUUCGUAAUUGCCUUUCCCGUAUUAAUUGGUACGAUUUAGAAGAUGUUCACGAGCCAACGAAGGCUUACGUCAGUUUCAUUAAUAAAUUUAGUGCUGUCUAUUACGAUUGUUUUCCUCUUAAAAGGGUUAAAAAAAAGAAGUCUAUGAUUAGCAAGCCUUGGCUUUCCAAGGGCCUCCUAAAAUCAAUAAGGAAAAAGAAUCGGUUAUACAAACGACAUUUGAACUCUCCAUGUAUCCAUACCACUAAUAACUAUAAGAGAUAUAGAAAUAAAUUGAAUCAUUCAAUAAGACUAGCAAAACGUCUUUAUUAUGAGCAGCAACUAAACCGAAAUAGGACAAACUGUAAAAAGACGUGGAGUAUUCUGAAUGAAAUUAUUAAUAAGCGAAAGCAGGUUAAGAAGGGUCCAUCUAGUUUCAUUAUUGAUGGAUUGGAGCAUUCUGAUGCUAAUGUUAUAGCCAAUCAAUUUUGUAAAUACUUUUCAAGCCUAGGUUCUAAUCUAGCAAGUAAAAUUCAAAAUGUAUCGGUUUCUCCAAAUUCAUUUCUUACCGGAGAGUUUGUAAAUAGCAUGUUCUUGGAUGAAGCUACUGAGGAAGAGAUUAUUGAGAUUGUUAAUUCUAUUAAGAAUGGCGUAGCUUGUGGCUAUGAUAAUAUACCUGUAUUUGCUGUCAAAGAAUCUAUUGAUUUAAUUGCCAAUUUUCUUACUCACCUGGUCAAUUUGUCAUUAUCAUCUGGUGUCUUUCCCGAUCCAUUAAAAAUUGCAAGAGUAGUACCAGUGUUUAAAUCGGGGAAUACUAGAAUAAUAUCUAAUUAUCGACCUAUUUCGGUUUUACCAAUUUUUUCUAAGGUAUUUGAAAGACUUGUCUACAAUCGUUUAUUGAACUAUUUGGAUAAAUGUGGUAUUCUUACUGAACAUCAAUAUGGAUUUAGAAAAAACCACUCAACUUCUCUAGCCUUACUUCAAUUAUAUGACAAAAUCUCUUCAGCAAUAGAAAGAAAUGAGUUUACAAUUGGAAUUUUCUUAGAUUUGUCUAAGGCUUUUGACACAGUUAAUCAUAAUAUUUUGUUUGCAAAAAUCCAACAUUACGGUAUCCGAGGGAAAGCCUUACACUGGUUUAGGAGUUACUUUAGUAAUAGACAGCAGUUUGUUCAAUACAAUGGUGCAUGUUCUCAAAAAAAGAUUAUCGAGUGUGGCGUACCACAAGGCUCAAUAUUAGGACCAUUACUUUUCUUGUUAUAUGUUAAUGAUAUCUGUAAUGUUUCCAGUGUGUUUCAGUUUGUUCUAUUUGCUGACGAUACAAAUUUGUUUUAUGCGAAUAGAGAUUUUUCCUCCUUAUCUGAACAUGUUAAUCAAGAGUUACAUAAAUUAUCUGUUUGGUUUUCAUGUAAUAAGUUAUCCAUUAACUUAAAAAAGACCCAUUUCAUGAUUUUCAGACCAAGACAAAAACAAUGCAACGUUGAGCUAGACAUUUUGCUAAAUAAUUAUAAAAUCGAAUUAGUAAAAGAGAUUAGUUUUCUCGGGGUGAUCCUAGACGAACAUCUCACGUGGAAAUCCCAUAUAUCGUACAUAGCCAGAAAAAUUUCGAAAUCGAUUGGGAUUAUAAAAAAAGCAAGCUUUUACGUUUCUAAAUCGUCGUUAGUUUUGUGAUACUAUUCUCUUAUUUAUCCAUAUAUGCAAUAUUGUAUACUAGUCUGGGGCUCCACUUAUCCGUCAAAUUUAAAUCGUAUUGUGUUGUUGCAAAAGCGUGUUAUUAGAAUAAUAAACCACGAGGUAUAUGACGCUCAUACAGAGUCUAUUUUCAAAGAACUUGAGUUGCUGACUUUCCAUCAAGUGUAUUUGUUUCACUUAGGUAAAUUUAUGUUCCUGUAUCAUAAACAAAGGUUACCACUCAAUUUUAAUACUUUUUUUCAUCGAGUUAGUGAAAUUCAUGCGUAUAAUACGCGGAAUUUGAAUUUAUAUUCCAUUCCAUUAUGUAGAACAAAUAUUAGACAAUUUUCUGUUAACUACCAAGGUGUAAAAUUGUUUAAUUCACUCAGUCAUGAUAUUCGCGAUGCUUCAUCUGUUGGCUGUUUUAGACAAAGACUAAAAGAAUACUUAUUAAAUUUAUAGUUUUCUGUCCAUUUAUCACUUUUUCUUUUCCUCUUUAAUUGUACUUUAAUUUGUAUUAGUUUGUAUUAGCUAUAUGUAAUUAUGUGUAAUUGUGUGUCUCUCUGGCUUGAUCAGGAUGAAAAAGGUAGCCCAAAAUUUAUAAGCCUUAUGGUUUCUCUUGGGCUCCCUUGCCAGUAUAAUUUAUCUAUUUAUGAAUGUUGUAUUUUUUAUUUAUUUAUUUUUUUUGGCAAAUAAAUUGACUUGACUUGAAGCACCACGGGUCAAAACCAUUUGCGACACUCUAUUACGUUUUGUUUAACUGUUAUUCAUAUUUCCGCAUGUUCAGGAGCUGUAUGUUCUUUGCCAAAAGUUGUUGGUCCGUGCAAAGCUAGAUUUGUGCGGUAUUACUUCAACACGAUAACACAAAAAUGCGAAGUCUUUUAUUAUGGUGGUUGUCGUAGCAACGGAAAUAACUUCAGAACGAAAAAACUUUGUGAAGGCACCUGCAAAUCUGAUCAAGGUAAAUUUAUUUAUUUAUCACUUUCAUGGAUUAAAAUUCAAGGCCGCAUGCAUGAUAUUACUCAUCAAUGGGGGGUUUGUUGAACAUUUUUAACCGAAGAUCAAUUGAGAGCAAAACUAUAUAUUUGGUGUUUAGAGAAGUAGGUAACAGUCAUGAUCUUCAUUCAAUAGUAACAACCUCAAUUAUUCUGAUCAGCUGCAUGGAAUGAGUGCAAUUCUUAAUACAGUUCCAAAAAAUGUAAUUCAGUGCAAUGAAAUGUAUAGAAAUUGGUCAAAAUCAUUCGUAAAAUAAAGUGAUGUUUAAAGAUAUUUUAUGACAUGCAUCGCAAUUAGGAAAAGUUAUUUAUAUAAACUAUAGUAGGCUAUGAGUUCAACGAUUCAAUAAAUCCCACUUGGCAUCUUUAUUACUAUUAGUUUCGUAUACCAGAAGAUGUGGAACUCAUCAGAUAAAUUAGCGUUAUAACUGCAGCAAAAACCUUAUAGUAUUUAUGCAGUACAAGCUAGUGGAUGAUUGAAAGCUUUAAAUUAAUCAUAUUUACAAAGCACGCAUAAAGCAAUUAAUAUGUUAGUUGAUAAAUUAACAGGACGCGGAAGUAUUAACAACAUUUAACAUAACACUAAGCUAUUAAGAUUGAGCGGUAUUUAAAACAAGAUAACGUUCCUUUCAUUUUUAAUGAUGUUGUUUUUGUAGAUGUAUGUUCCUUACCCGCAGUUCAAGGACCCUGUGAAGCACAUAUAGGACGCUAUUUCUACAAUGUUACAUCCUCAAAAUGUGAGAGAUUCUAUUAUGGCGGUUGUCAAGGGAACAAAAAUAAUUUUAAAACUAUUAAAGAUUGCGAAAAGAAUUGUAAACGUUCAGGUAAAAAUAAAACAUUAACAUUGUAUUUUAAUUCACUGGUAAUUGUUUAAAUAUUACACCUAACCAUGCAUGCAGAGACAGUUGUGAAAAUUGCGUUUUUCGCAAUUUUCCUGGUUAGGUCCAAUAAGUGUAUAACAUUUACACUCAAAUUAACCCAUACACCUUUAAAUAUGCACCCUUUGAAAAAAAUACUUUCCUAAAUAAUACCACCUGCAUUUAUGAGAGGAAGACAUUUACUGGGCUUCCGUUCCCUGCUAAGCCACCAUCCCCUUCACAACCAAAACAGCAUAUGAUAUAAUGAUUCAAUUGGACCUCUUAUAGAGACUGCGUUUUAAAUAAACCUUUUCCCGGACACAAACAUGCCUGAAAUAAAAUACGUGUAAAAGUAGUAUACUAGCUUAUUCUCUUUCAAGCAUGCACGGUAUACAAAAAAUACGCAACACAAACAAUGCGAAACUCUGCAUGUUCAUGAGUACCUAUAUAGUUUAACGCGAGUAGAUGUGUAUAUUGCAUGUUUCGGAUUUUAUGUUAAUUUUGGUAUUUUGUAUUGGUCAUAUAUACACCAAUCAUAUAUAAACGUGCGGAACAACAGAAGCACGGGUAAUUUUUGCCAGGUUAUAUACACCAAUAUUGAUGUUUAUAAGUUUGUUGGUUAAUAUUAUAGGGAUGGCACCCAAUUAUUGUUCAUGUCCACCUAUGCAUAUUUUGCAUGGUCUCCUCAAAAAGACCUCCCCAAAAGACUGCUGCGCUGGCUGAAACUUGUGCAGACUUAAGUUCUAUAAAUGUUUAUGUGAUUGGAAAUGUGGUUUGAGGGUCUGAGUAAUGGAGCUAAAUGACUGCAUAUACAUUUGCCUGUUGAUUUUUGUUUGACAGAAUAUUAUUAAUGUUAAAUGAUAGUCGACUGCAUGGACAGCAAUUUGCAGCUGAUACUACUGCAGCCCAACAAAACUAACAUCUUACUAUAGAUGUAGGCUAUAUUUAAGAAAUAGAAAUUAAAACAAGUCUUGUGUUCUUACGGCGUUAUAAUGCGUGAGGAGAAUGUUGAAAGAACGCGAGAAAACGUACAGAACACAAAGCGAUAGCCGCGGUCUCUGUCAUAAAUUAUAAUAAACCAAUUCUUUUGUUUAUACAUUAGCAUUUCUCCUGAUGUCACUGAUAAUUUUCUAAACACUUUGUUUCAUCACUUUGGCUUAGGUAAUCCAUGUGAUUUAGUGUUUUGUGGAGUUAAUGGAAGAUGUAAAGUGAUGAACGGAAAAGCAAUAUGCACUUUAUCAGGUAUUUUUGAAAUAAGAAUUACAUAGUGGUGCCUGCUGGUUUUCAUGCGUUUCGGUUCUUAGUCGUCGUAAUCAAUUUAUGAUCACCUGUUCUGUGAGUCCUGGAUUUAUUUUUACCGCUUUACCAUGUUUGGCAAUUGUAUACACCAAUCAGUAUUAAUACUGAAAAUGAGAGUUGUCGACGACCAAAAGGAAAGCAGGCAGCUCAUUAUAACACAAAUACACCAUGCUUUAUUUCAACAAAUUAUGACGAAGCAUUAAAAUCAAAACGUAUAAAAACGCCAAGGUAAUUUUAUUUUUUGUAUUCCCUUUUUACAACACCGGCAUUAGAUUACAGGCCUAAAUUACAAAUCAUUUAGGUUUUUGGGUUCUAACGUUCUUUUGCUUCCCCCUAGGCCCCUAUUAUUUAUAGGUUGACCCCCUGCAAUUAUAACUUCCAAAAUCGUUGUCGAGGGGGGGAGGGGGGUGGGGGAAGCAGCUCCCCAGAGAAAUUGAAGUUGGAAUAAUUGUAAACGUGAGUUGGGCAAAAUGAUCGGGAAAAAUAAAUAAAAAGCAAGAAACAUGUAAGAAAAUAGUCGAAAAUGCAAGAAUUCAAAUACGUAUGUUUGAAAAAGUUUUAAGCCCUUAGAAAAUAGUACCCCCCCCCCUCCCCCCUCGACAACGAUUUUGGAAGUUUAGCAUGGAAAUGUUUUUUAAUCAGUAUAUGUCGGGCAAAAUACAAACAGGUAGUUGGGAAAAUUUCAUUCUACUCGACAUCCUCGGUCCCAGGGCGUCACGGCUGACACUGCAUUGUGUCAGCCGUGACGCCCUGGGACCGAGGAUGUCUACUCGACUGAUGUUUUCCUCCCGUUCACCUGUGAUCCUCUCCAUAUAACUGGAUCGCUUGCAUCAUUCCCUUUAUAAGCCAGUUAUCUCUUCCAUUUUUCUAUUCCACUCAUCUCAUGAUUAUGUACGGUCACUUAUAUUUCACGAUAGUCCGAUAGCACGGUCAUCCCUUUAACACGCCACGCGUUCAUGACCAGUAUCGGGCUCCACUUUGCAAAUUGUAGACUGAAGUUAGUGAAGGUAGUAAAGGCAUAUCUAGCAAUGAGAUUUUCCAAGACACAGAAUAGAUGAAUACUAUUCCUUGUUGUUAUUGUAGCUAUAAUGCAUCAAUUUAUCUGAUCUCUUGCUCUUUUCUACUAUUGCAAAGAAAACAUUAAAAUGACAAGGACUAGUCAGUGGUGUAGCCAGGGGGGGCUGACCGCGCCUCUAAUCGCCACAAAAACCUUUCUCUCAAAUAUUCUAAAUCCUUAGAGAAAUUGGGUGGAGGUGGUGACUGAGUCUCUUCUGAGGAGAACGACGAUUUACUAGAGGAACUUGAUUUGUAAAAUCUCGUUAAAGCGUUUGUAGAUAUGGUUCCAAGAAGAAUGGGUUUAGUUUAGAUUUUUAACUGUUAAAUAAUUAUACAUGUAUGUCAUUAUCAUAGCAUGAAUAUUUCUUCUCAAACUUAUUCUGCAUCUUAUGGAAGGUAAUGCAAUUUUGGGAAUGCAGAAAAUGGUGUUUCAUAGAACCUAGAAUUAUCUAAAUGCUGGGAAAAAAUCGAUUUGAUGUACUUUAUAAUCUUCGUAAUUCUUGAAAUCAAUCGCAUUUUAGAGACUCUAGAUUUCAAAAUUUUUGGCUACGCCACUGGGAAUGGUGAUAUAUUACAGCAGGGAUUCCAUACAGCAUAUUUUCCUUAUUCACAGAUUUCUUUUCUCACAGCACAUUCAAAAUAUGUCACCCAAAUUAUAAAUUAGACUAUUUUGUAUUUAGUUCUGGCCAACCCAUGUAUAGCCACAUCAUGCUUGGUUGGUACAAGAUGCGUCGUAGUAAAUGGAAAAGGAAGAUGCAUUCCAGUUAAACCGGUGCCGACCGUUCAUCCAUCAUGUGCUGCUGUCUCGUGUCUACAAGGGACGACAUGUGUCGUAAGGAAUGGCCGACCAUUAUGUGCCACGACUUGCUCAGCCAGCCGAGGAUGCAAGCAACAAGGAUCUUUUUGUAAUUUGGCAUCUGGCAUUUGUCAAUGCAGUAGAUUUUGUUUGGCUGUACAUUUGCCAGUGUGUGGUUCUGAUGGGAAAAGAUACGGAAAUAAAUGUCAUCUUGACGCUGCUGCUUGUAGGGCAAAGAAAACUAUCACUACUGUCCCAUGUUACGGUAAAGUUGCAUUUUCAUCUAUAAGGUAGCUAAAUGUGCUUGCUUGAAAACUGAUCACGGCCAGCUGGACAUUUCAAAAUCCAGUGGGAAAAAAGGGAUCCAAAAUGGCAUAUUAAUGUCUUUCAAUUAUUGUUUUCUCUCAUUAUGACUUUGAAAUAAAGUUGGAAUUUUACUUCUCAAGAAAUCUAUUUUAUAAAUAAAAUUAUAAGGAUGACAUAUGUUGGAUUUUGUAAAUAUAACACAAUGACUUUUGUUCAAUUUCUAAACCAUCAUAUCUUGCAUGAUAGAUGUGCAUGGCACAUGCAGUAAUCAUGUGUACACUAAUUAUUACAGCAUUUUCUUACAUUUUUUUCUUACAAUGAUAUAAUUAUUUAAUAUAUGUUUUAUUUUACUUUUUAGAAAAUAGUAACAACACAGCAACACAGCAACCGGCUUAUUAA